GUCAGUUAGUUAGUUGGCAAUUUUUUGUUUAAAUAUUUGUGGUUUAAAAUGGAAGAAAUUCUACAAAAUAUAAGAGAAAAGGCCAUAAAAGCGACCGAAAAUCUUUUGCCAGUUAAAUCAAGGCAACAGUAUGAUCGGGAGUAUGGCAUAUUUGGUAUUUGGAAAGAUGCCAACGCAAUUGUUCAAAUAACCGAAACCGUUCUAAUGACAUAUUUUCAGGAACUGUCGGAAAAAUACAGUCCGAACUCUCUCUGGACCAAGUAUUCUACCCCAAGGUCUACGUUAAUGGUCUAUAAAAAUAUAGACAUCUCGCAAUACCAUCGUCUCAUAUCUUUUUUAAAAGUUAAGUUGAAAGGAUAUGUCCCGAAGAAGUCUAAAGUUUUGGAAGGAGAACAAAUAAUAAAAUUUAUUAAGAAGGCUCUUGAUGAUAUCUACUUGGUACACAAAGUUAUAUUGGUAAUGGGUGUUUUUGGAGGUUUAAGACGAGAUGAGUUGGUCAAAAUGACCAUUGAUGAUAUUGAAGAUAGAGGAACGGUCUUGGUUAUAAAGGUACCAGAAACUAAAACUUUAACUUCAAAAAGUUUUACUAUCAUUGAAAAAGAUUUAGGCGCUUUAAAUUUAAUAAAAAAACUUUGUUUCCAAAAUAAAAAUUUAAAUUUUGAAAUGUCCCGGAAAAUGUAGCUGAUCCCACUAUAGAAUGGUCAGUGUUUUUUGUGAUGGUAGAGGUGGCAGCACUAACGCUAUUUUGUAUAGUUUGUAAAUUAAGUUGUUCAUUAAAAUUAUUUUUGUAUAAAAUGGAUGUUUAUUCUUUAUUAUGAGAUAAAUAAAAUUGGAUAAGCAAUAAAAUUUCCGGGCAUUAUCAUAAUGCCCGCUUAUAAUGCCCUAGGUGUGAUAGCAGGUAUUAUUGCUACCAUAACAUAUUCCGUUUCUAAGGUAUUAUAAAUCAAUAAUAGAUAGGUAAAACAUAAAACAAUUAAACGGUUUUUAUGAAAAACGUCUAGUAAGCUAUAUAACAGGUGCAAAAAUAAAUUGGAAAACGUUAAAAAAAAAUAUAACUUACUUUCAAAAAAUUCAUAUAAAUCACUCCUCAUAUAUGAGUGAUGGCUUAAAGGCGGACCCCGAAACUUAGACUUUCAUAUUUUAUCUCGAGUCUAUAAAAUAUUGAAAAUGUUUUAACAUUUUCCGUUGGCCGUCGUGUAAAGACAGCUGCAUUUUAUGGCCAUUUAUCAUCCUUUUCCAAAUACUAAUUAAAUGAUUAGGUCGCUAUUAUUUAGUCAUGAUAAAUUUUCAUGACUAAAUAAUAUUAAAAUAACACGAAAUCACGUGAAGCAAGAAAAAAAAUUAUAAUCGAAAAACGGAAUAUAUAUAAGAAGAACCGGGUAAACUUCUCGUAGCGUUACUUAAAACUUGGAAACUAGGCUAAAAGGAUUUUCAUCUCAUUUGAAAAAUAGGAAAAAAAAGUUUUUAUUGUUAUAGUAGAAGCGGUCCCAAUUGGGAAGUUUCGAUGUUAAACUUAAAUGUUGUUUUCGGGAAGAAGGGAAAUAAUCUUAAUUUCUUAUCGUACUAAUAAGUUGAUGCAAAGUUUACAGAGUAUAAAUGAUUUUUUUUUGCUUAAAGUGUUCAGAGAUAAACAUUUUAGGUCAAUAUUUGUAAAGUUUCAUUUCGGAGUCAU